AUGCUGAAGCAGCAGCAGCAGCAUCAGCAGCAGCAACAGCAGCAGCAACAACAGCUGCAACAACUGCAGCAACUGCAACAGCUGCAGCAGCAACUGCAGCAGCACCAAAUCCAUCCUCACCCACUGCAGCAGCAGCAGCAGCAGCAGCAGCAGCAGCAAAUGCCACCGCACCAGCAGCUGCAGCAAUACCAGCUACAGCAGCAGCAACAACUGCAGCAGCAGCAGCAACUGCAGCAGCAGCAGCAACAACACCAGCUCCACCAGCAGCUGCAGCAGCAGCUGCAGCAGCACCAACAGCAACAACAGCUGCAACAGCAGCUGCAGCAGCACCAGCAGCUGCAGCAGCAACAGCUGCAGCAGCAGCAGCAACUGCAGCAGCAGGAGCAGUAUAACGCAGGUUUAUCUGGUUUUGAUUCUUCUUUAUGUAUGAAGCCGCUUUCCACAGCAGCAGCAGCAGCAGCAGCAGCAGCAGCAGCAGCAGCAGCAGCAGAUCGUUUGCUGAGCAGCAAUUUUAAUUGGGGUGUAACUGCAGCAGCAACUCAUCCUCCCCCUCACCCUCACCAUCAGCAGCAGCAGCAGCAGCAACAGCAGCAGCAGCAGCAGCAGCAGCAGCAGCAACUGCUGCUGCAGCAGCAGCUGCUGCAGCAGCAGCAGCAAACUCUGUGCAUGCAAGAGGUGCCUAUACACUGCAGCACAUUCGCCUCCACUCAUUCUGCUGCUUCAGCUCAGCAAUGGAGCUCAGCCCCUGGCUCACCAGCAACACAAAGACAAACAGCAGCAGCAGCAGCAGCAGCAGCAGCAGCAGCAGCAGCAGAUGUUCACUGCAGCAGCAGCAGCAGCAGCAAUGCUGCUGGCGAUGAUAUUAAACAACUCAGCAGCAGAAUAAACUCUUUUUCUUUGUCUCCUCUUUCUCCUUCUAUCCACAACAACACAGACAAACACCAGCCGCAGCAGCAGCAGCAGCAGAUGCUGCUGCAGCAGCAGCAGCAGCAACAUCAGCAGCAGCAGUUCCUGCUGCAGCAGCAACUGCAGCAGCAACUGCAGCAGCAACUGCAGCAGCAAAAACUACUGCAGCAACAUAACAUCAGCAGCAACCACAUAAACACAGAACGAAUUCUAAACAAUGCAGCAGCAGCAGCAGCAGCAGCAGCAGCACAACCCCAUCCCCAACCCCAACCAUCAGCAGCACCAGCACCAGCAGCAGCAGCAGCAGCAGCAGCAGCAGCAGCAGCAGCAGCAGCAGGUAGAGUACCUGUUCGUUAUCGUGGUAUUGUGGAUUCCCUAGGAAGGACAGAAGUAUGGAGGGGGGAGCAGCAAGCGAUCAGCCACCAGCAGCAGCAGCAGCAGCAGCAGCAGCAGCAGCAGCAGCAGCUGCAGCAGCAGCUGCUGCAGCAGCAGCUGCAGCAGCAGCAGCAGUUUCUGCUGCAGCAACAGGAGCAACAGCUGCAGCAGCAGCAGUGUGGCGGUGUAGCUACACCUGUUGCUGCUGCUGCUCUUCAACGCUUUCUCUCUACUGGUGCAGCACCAGCAGCAGCAGCAGCAGCAGCAGCAGCAGCAGCAGCAGCAGAUGCAGCAGCAGCAGGAACGAGACAAAACGGCCUUGAAGCCGAAAUAGACAGAACUAGCAGCAGCAACAGCAGCAGCAGCAGCAGCAGAAACCCCACCACCAUCACCACCACCACCACCAUCACCAGCAGCAACAGCAACAACAGCAACAGCAACAGCAGCAGCAGCAGCAGCAGCAGCAGCAGGAAGAUAAAGUGGCUAAGUAAGAAUAUUUACUAUGAGACUGAACCCGUGGGGUGCUGCAGAGUUGACCCUAGUGUGCUUAUGUUUAGGGGGUUUAUAAAACAAAAAAAAAAACAAAAUAAAAAAGAAAAAGAAAAAGAAAAAGAAAAAGAAAAAGAAGAGACAGAAGAGGAGACAGAAGUAGCAGUGAAACAAUACCCAGUUGUUGCUCUCAAUAAAGCAGCAGAUAUUCUUUCAUUUAUAAAUAAAAUUAAAAAAAAUAAAAAUAAUAUUAAUGUGCAAAUUCUACAUACUGUACUCGUCAACCCCCAGCAGCAGCAGCAGCAGCAGCAGCAGCAGCAGCAGCAGCAGCAGGAGGUGGUGGCGGUGGAGCAGCAGCAGCAGAAACAGCAGUUAGAGCAGCAGCAACAGCAGCAGCAGCAGCAGCAGAACAAGCAGCAACACGAGUACAACCCUCAGCAGCAGCAGCAUCAGCAGCAGCAGCAGCAGGAAGCAGCAGCAGCAGCAGCAGCAGCAGCAGCAGCAGCAGAGGAAGAAGCAGAGGAACAAGGAUAUAAAGGAGCUGCUAAUGCUAAACAACUACUGCAAUGGCAGGGCAAUUCUGCCUCUUCUUCCGCUCUGCGUGUGGUUUUAUCUCGCCCCCUCAAUUGGCUGUCUUCGGUGUCUUUGCUUCCUUCUGCUGCUCCUUUUUUCUCGUUGCUGCUCUCUUAUAUUUCGAGUCCUGCUGCUGAUGCUGGUGCUGGUUCUCUUCCUUUACCUGAACUGCUGCAGCCAGGGAUACCGCAGCAGCAGCAGCAGCAGCAGCUGCUGCUGCAGCAGCAGCAGCAGCAGCAGCAGCAGCAGCAGCAGCAGCAGACAGCAGCAGACUUUUUAUUGUUUUUAUCAUUUAUUAUAAUCGAUAGAAAAACACAAAAAGAAGAAAAGCAAAAAUUUAUAAAUGAUUGUCUUUCUCUGUUUCCGCUGCCGCUGCUUGUUGCUGCUAGGGUUCUUCUUUAUCCUCGUUUGCUGCUGCAUGCGGAUGAGCCAGCAGCAGCAGUUGCUGCUGCUGCUGCUGCUGCUGCUGCAGCAGCAGAAGCAGCAGCAAAUAAUGCUGCUCCUCCUCCUGCUGCUGCUGCAGCUGCGUUACUCGCAGCAGCAGAAAAUUGUGGUGGGGGGCCAGCUGCAGCUGCAGCAGCAGCAGCAGCAGCGGCAGCAGCAGCAGCAGCAGCAGCAGGAAAUAUCGUUCCUAUAAACCCAUAUCCUGCUGCUGCUGCUGCUGCUGCUGCUGCUCCUGGCGGUUGUAGCUUUUCUUCUUUCACAGCAGCAACAGCAACCACAACAACAACAGCAGCAGCAACAACAACAACAACAACAGCAGCAGCAGCAGCAGCAACAACAGCAGCAGCAGCAGCAAACAAUGUAUCCCUCCCCUACCCUCAGCUGCAUGCGUUCCCUCCUGGUAGCCGCCCGUACAUAAGGUCUGGGCCUCUGCCUGCUGCUGCUCCAGCAGCAGCAGCAGCAGCAGCAGCAGAACAAGCAGCAGCAGCAGCAGCAGCAGCAGCAGCAGCAGCAGCAGCAGGACAAGGAAGCCGCAGCAGAUGGAGAGACAGACGCUCAGGGGGAGAUGCAGCACGAAAGAACGAAAACCAAAAUUUAUUUCUUUUUGCUGCUAGCCGCCACGAUACACAGAAAAACAGCAGCAGCAGCAGCAGCAGCAGCAGCAGCAACAGCAGCAGCAGCAGCAGCGGCAGCAGCAGCAACAGCAGCAGGACAAAUGCAGGUGCGAGGAAAGGCCUCAAUCAACAACAAGCUGCAACACAACCCAGCAGCAGCAGCAACAGCAGCAACAGCAGCAACAAUAACAGCAGCAGCAGCAACAGCAGCAGCAGCAACAGCAGCAGCAGCAACAGCAACCGCAACAGCAGCAGCAACACCACGAUUCAGAGAGGGCCCCCUGCAGCAGGCAGAAACCCACAUAUCACAGCAGCAGCAGCAGCAGCAGCAAGAGAGUAUAACAGCAGCAGCAGCAGCAGCAACAGCAGCAACAGCAGCAGACAGGAUGGCAUCCCCCCACAGACUCAGAGCAAAAGGGCAACAGACAGCAACAGCAGCAGCAGCAGCAGCAGCAGCAGCAACAGCAGCAGCAGCAGCAGCAAAAACGGACACAAGCCAACACUCACACCAGCAGCAGCAGAUACUGCUGCUGCUGUUGCUGCUGCUGCUGCUUCUAAAGACAGCAGAUGGAAAGCAGAAGAAAUUCAGCAGCAACAGCAGCAGCAGCAGCAGCAGCAGCAGCAAACAGACGCAGCAGCAGCAGCAGCAGCAGCUCAAAGAUGGGCGGCCCCUGUUGAGUGCACAUCUCCCUCUAGCCAGCACAACAGCAGCAGCAACAGCAGCAGCAGCAGCAGCAGCAGCAGCAGCACCAUCCCCCCUUCAUCUGCUGCUGUAAUGUCUCCCCCGAAGGGUCUGAACACCCCAGACGCAGCAGCAGCAGCAGCAGCAGCAGCAGCAGCAGCAGCAGCAGGAGACGGCAGCACAGAUUGCAUGCGUCCUCUGUAUAGUGUUGCUGCUGAAGAUAGAGAGAUGUGUCUAUCUACAGCAGGAGCAGCAGGUUUGCUGCUGCAGCAGCUGCAGCAGCUGCAGCAACUGCAGCAGCAGCAGCAGCAGCAACUGCAGCAGCUACCUGUUGCUGCUGUCAGCAGCAGCAUUUCCACAGCUUUUUCUGCUGCAACAAACAGCGAUUGCUGCCCCGGAAUAUCUGAGCCACUUGAAGCAGCAGCAGACGCAAAAAGCAGCAGCAACAGGGAGCAGCAGCAGCAGCAGCAGCAGCAACAGCUGCUGCUGCAGCAGCAGCACAUGCAGCAGCAGCACCUGCAGCAGCAGCAACAACUGCCGCAGCAGCAGCAGCAGCAGCAGCAGCAGCAAUUCGCAGAUAAAGAAGAAACAAAUAGAGACUGCUGCUUUAAUCCAACUGCAGCAGCAGCAGCAGCAGCAGCAGCAGCAGCAGCAGCAGCAGCAGCAGCAGCUAGUCAGCAGCAUGGAGCUGAAGCAGAAGCAACAGAAGAAAACACAAAAAACAAAAAAGAAAAAAAAGAAGAAAAUAGAGAAAAAGAAACAGCAAAUGCAUGCGCUGUACAAUGA